AAUAAAAACAAAGUAUUGAUUGAGGUUAUGUUUUGAUUCGCAUUUGCGAAUCUGAAAAAUAUUUUCGUGUAGUAUUAUUAUAAAGCGUAUUAAUUAAUUUAUAAUGCUUCGACAGUUUAUAAAAUCUUUAGUUCCUGUAAGAAGUAGGCUGGCAAGAGCCGUAGCUGGUGCCAGUAAUGGCGGUGAAACGGCAAGCGCUGAAAGAAAUGCUUUUCAGAAGAAUAGUGAAACCAAAGAGCAACAACUUUCCACAGUUCUCAAGCAGAGUUUGCCAGGAAUAACAUACCUUAGUGUUGAAGACAUCUCUGGAGGUUGUGGUGCUAUGUUUGAGAUUAGUGUAGAAGCUAAAGAAUUUGUAGGUUUAUCAAGAGUGAAACAACAUCGCUUAGUGACUGAUUCCCUGAAGACAGAAAUUGCUGAAAUGCAUGGCAUACGCAUCCACACUACACCAACCAGUUCUGAAGAAAAGUGAUAGCACCUAAUAUUAGUAAUGUGUUCUUGUUUUGAAUUUGUGAAAUGAAAAAAUUAAACAUUAUGAUUAGAUAUUAUUACAUAUGUGUUAAAUAAAUGUUGAUUGAUUAAGUAAAUAAUUUAAAUUGUUGCAGUU